AUGCCAGUACCUUUGUUUUCAGACUUUGUCUCAAAUUUCAAAAGUCAAUCUAAAGAUGCUGAAUACUUGAAGCAAGUUGAUGUUUUUAUCUGGGAUGAAGCACCAAUGGCACCCCGUUAUGCUUUAAAAUUAAUUGAUAGAACUUUGCGUGAUUUUAUGAACGUAGAUUUACCAUUUGGUGGAAAAGUAAUGGUACUUAGUGGAGAUUUCAGGCAACUUUUACCUGUAAAAAUUCAUGCUACUCGAAGUGAAAUGGUCAAUUUGUCAAUUAAAUUUAGUUCUCUUUGGAAAAAUUUCUCUUUACAUACACUGACUAAAAAUAUGCGAACUUUAUCAGAAGAAACAGAAUUUGCAAAAUUUCUAUUAUCUGUUGGUGAUGGAAUCUUAAAUGAUAAAGAUAAUAAUUUAUUGCUACCAGAAUGUGUAGCCUCAAAAUCUGAUGAUAUUGUUCGCACAAUUUUUGGUUCAUUGAUUGCAGAACGUAAAUAUGAAAAUUUAUCAAAAGUUGAAAUUUUAGCUGCAAGAAACAUUGACGUUGAAGAAAUCAAUUGCAGAGUUGUAGAACUUCUUGAUAAAAAUACGGAAAAAAUCUAUACUAGCGUCGAUAGCGUUAGAAAUUGUGACAAUGGAGAAAUUAAUGAUGGACUUUUGCCAGAAUACUUAAAUACAUUAAAUCCUCCUAACUUUCCACCAUACGAAUUACGAUUAAGAGUCAAUUGUAUUGUUAUGUUAGUUAGAAAUUUAAGUAUCAAUGAAGGACUGUGUAACGGAACAAGAUUACAAGUGUUAGAGCUUGCGAAUAAUCUUUUACGGUGUAAAAUUUUAACAGGUGAUAAAGCUGGUGAUGUAGUAUUUAUACAUAGAAUAGACUUAUAUUGUGAAAAUUUGUAUCCGUUUACAUUUAAAAGACGCCAAUUUCCAAUAAAAUUAGCAUUUGCAAUGACUAUUAAUAAGAGUCAAGGUCAAACAUUUGAUAUGAUUGGAAUUGAUUUACGAAAAGAUGUAUUUAAUCAUGGACAAUUAUAUGUUGCAUUUUCAAGAGUUCGUUCUUGGGAAUCUCUUAAAAUUUUUCUUGGGAGUCAACGAACAUCUUACAUUGUUAAAAACUAUGUAUAUAAAGAAUUGUAUGUUUAA